AUGGCGGAUAAUCCGAUGUAUCAGUACUACGGCCAGGCCGCGGCGCCUGGUGAAGACCCCUCAAAUCCCAAUCGUCAACAAUAUCUUUCUCCUUACCAUCCUCCCUCUUACGCUCCCGGAAGCGUCCCUCCCCAACCCGCCUACGGCUCGCCAGCUCCGAAUCAGUGGCCCCCCUCCGCCUAUGGCUCCCCGGCUCCUCAACCACCACAGCAACAGCAAUACCCAUUCCCGCAACAACCUACGAGCAUCGCCCCUACUCCCCAAUUCGCCUAUGCAGGGUCACCAGCACCAAUGGGAGCUGCCCCCACCGACCCGGGAAUGGCGGGGCUGACGUCGCAAAUGAGCGGGUUGGGUAUCAUGGGAGACGGCGCUCCCCGGGCACAUAAGAAGAAACACCGACAUGCGCACCAUGAUAUUGGCGGUCCCGCAGCUCCUGCGCCAGUCACCGGAGAGCCAGCGUCGCAGUUCCUGAAUACCGGUUUGAACCAGGCCCCGCGGGCCGAAUCACCUGCAGUCGCUCCUCAGGCCAUGGCCGGCGCCAGUCCAGGCAUGAUUCCGCAGCCUGGGAUUCCCGGUACUAUGGGUGGUGGUUCUGUGCCUACUCAAGGAAAGGUCGACCCGGAGCAAAUCCCCAGUGUCCCCCGGGCACGCGACGUCUACACGCAGUACUACUAUAACCAGGUGUACCCGACGAUGGAAUGGCAUAACCCUCCCCCGGCUGCAGUCCCGUUUUUCGCCCACGACCAAGGCAAUUCUUCUCCCAAGUAUGCCCGCUUGACACUUAAUAACAUCCCGACUACCUCCAACUUCCUUGCUUCUACGGGUUUACCGCUGGGUAUGGUCCUACAGCCAUUAGCGCGCUUGAGCCCGGGAGAACAACAGAUACCUGUGUUGGACUUUGGGGAUGUUGGUCCUCCGCGGUGCCGGAGAUGCAGAGCCUACAUCAAUCCUUUCAUGACAUUUAGAUCCGGAGGGAACAAGUUUGUCUGCAACAUGUGUACCUUCCCGAACGAUGUGCCACCAGAGUACUUUGCCCCAAUUGAUCAAACGGGAGCACGCAUCGACCGUAUGCAGCGGCCGGAGUUGAUGAUGGGUACAGUGGAGUUUUUGGUUCCAAAGGAAUACUGGAAUAAGGAGCCUGUUGGUUUGCAAUGGCUGUUCUUGAUCGAUGUCAGUCAAGAUUCGAUCAACCGGGGGUUCGUGAAGGGAGUUUGCAGGGGUAUCUUGGAGGCUCUUUAUGGCGAGGAUAACCAGGAGAAUCCAGAGGAAGAGUCGGUGCGGAGAAUACCUGAAGGGUCAAAGAUUGGUAUUGUCACUUUUGAUCGGGAAGUGCAGUUCUAUAACCUCAGUGCACAACUCGAUCAAGCGCAAAUGAUGGUUAUGACCGACCUCGAAGAACCUUUUGUUCCUCUUGUCGAAGGGCUCUUCGUUGACCCUUACGAGUCCAAGGAUGUGGUAUCCUCCCUCUUGCAACGAAUCCCGACGAUGUUCUCCCACGUUAAGAACCCCGAACCUGCGGUGCUCCCUGCCCUGAACGCUGCACUGUCUGCUCUGCAGGCCACCGGCGGAAAGGUUGUUUGCUCAGUGGCGAGCCUGCCAACCGCAAGCCCUGGGAAACUGGUCAUGAGAGAAGACCCGAAACUGCACGGCACGGAUGCAGAGAAGAAACUGUUCAACACGGAACACCAGGAUUGGAAGAAGACUGGCUCUAAACUAGCGGAAGCUGGCAUUGGAGUGGACAUGUUCAUCGCAGCACCUGGUGGCGUCUACAUGGAUGUUGCCACCAUGGGCUAUGUUUCCGGUGUCACUGGCGGAGAGACAUUCUUCUAUCCUAACUUCCAUUCCCCCAGAGAUCUGCUGAAGUUAUCGAAGGAACUGACACAUGCUGUCACCCGUGAGACCGGGUACCAAGCGUUGAUGAAGGUCCGAUGCUCAAACGGUCUCCAGGUUUCGAAUUACCAUGGAAACUUCCUGCAACACACGUUCGGCGCCGAUUUGGAGAUUGGUAGCAUUGACGCGGACAAGGCGCUUGGCGUGCUAUUCAGCUACGAUGGCAAACUGGAUCCCAAGUUGGAUGCGCACUUCCAAGCCGCACUUUUGUACACGUCAGCGGAUGGGCAACGUCGGGUGCGAUGUAUCAACGUGGUGGCGGCUGCCAACGAAGGAGGAAUGGAUACCAUGAAGAGCAUUGACCAGGAUGCGGUUAUCAGUCUUGUUGCCAAAGAGGCCGCUUCGAAAACGUUGGACAAGUCGCUUAAGGAUAUUCGGGCGAGCGUUCUGGAGAAAACCGUGGACAUUCUUAGUGGCUACCGUAGGAUCUUCUCAGGGUCUCAUCCGCCGGGACAGUUAGUGCUGCCGGAGAACCUGAAAGAGUACUCGAUGUUCAUGCUGAGUUUGGUCAAAUCUCGGGCAUUCAAGGGUGGACACGAAUCUUCUGACCGCCGUGUACAUGACAUGCGGAUGAUCCGGUCGAUUGGAUGUACAGAGCUAUCAUUGUAUCUGUAUCCCAGGAUUGUCCCGAUCCACAACAUGCAGCCCGAGGAUGGGUUCCCGAACGAAAGAGGGCAACUGCAAGUUCCCCCGUCGCUACGGGCCAGCUUCUCGAAGGUCGAAGAAGGCGGCGCAUAUCUGGUAGACAACGGGCAAGUGUGCUUGCUGUGGCUGCACUCGCAAGUAUCACCGAACCUCCUCGAGGAUCUCUUCGGACCGGACCACACAUCACUGCAAUCACUCAGCGCGCAAAUGUCCUCACUCCCAGUCCUGGAAACACACCUCAACGCGCAAGUGCGUAACCUGCUACAGUACUUCUCUGAAAUCCGCGGAUCAAAGGCCGUAACAAUCCAACUGGCACGCCAGGGCAUGGACGGCGCCGAGUACGAGUUUGCGCGGCUACUGGUGGAAGACCGGAACAAUGAGGCCCAAAGCUACGUCGAUUGGCUGGUGCACCUGCAUCGACAAAUCAACCUGGAGCUGGCGGGUCACCGACCGAAGGACGAGGUGGCGGGAGAAGGGACAUUCUCUACACUGGCGGCGAUGCGGACGCCAUACUGGUGA